GAAAUCAAUGACAGCUUCCAGACCAGCUGUGGACCCCAAAGUCGUUUCCAUUGCCAACCGAGUGGCUGAAAUUGUUUAUUCGUGGCCACCACCACAAGAGACCCAGGCAGGAGGCUUCAAGUCCAAAGAGAUUAUCGUACGUCAGGGUGGCUCCUCCCAGCUCAAAGACCGCCUGCCUAUAGCUUCAAGUUCUAAGAAAGAUGAAGAAGAACAAAUAAUAGCCAAAAUUGUUGAGCUGCUGAAAUAUUCAGGGGAUCAGUUGGAAAGAAAGCUGAAGAAAGAUAAGGCUUUGAUGGGCCACUUCCAGGAUGGGCUGUCCUACUCUGUUUUCAAGACCAUCACAGACCAGGUCCUAAUGGGUGUGGACACCAGGGGAGAAUCAGAGGUCAAAGCUCAGGGCUUUAAGGCUGCCCUUGCAGUAGACGUCAUGGCCAAGCUCACAGCUGUUGACAACCAUCCGAUGAACAGGGUGCUGGGCUUUGGCACCAAGUACCUGAAAGAGAACUUCUUACCAUGGAUCCAGCAGCACGGUGGAUGGCUCCCAUUCCUCUACAUAACACCAUGGAUGUUCAGCCAGAACUUGUAGAACAGUGAAUGAAUCGAUCAAAUGAAUGAAUAGCAACUCUAUCUACAAGGCUGCCAAACAAGCUACUG